CUCCCCCCCCUCCCCCUUUCCUUCUCCUCUCCCUCUCUCCCAUUCCUCCCCACCCUCCCUUUCGCUCUUCCUAGGCGGAAUUAGAAGUUGAAUCCGCUUUCUUUUCUCCUUCUUCCUCCCCCUCCCUUCCUCCUCCUCCCCCCCCUCCCUUUUUAUAUAUAUAUAUAUAUAUAUUUUUUUUUUAUUUGUGCGUGCGCUGCUGUGUGUGUGUGUGUGUUUGUUUCUGCAUGAAAAGCGGGGGAAUCGGAAGAGGAGUCCUGCUCGGAAACUCUGUUGCUGCGGCGAGGCGUCGGCGGCAGCGAUGCCGCGGAGAAAGCAGCAGGCACCCCGCCGCUCCGCAGCAUAUGUUCCUGAGGAGGAAUUGAAAGCAGCAGAAAUAGAUGAAGACAGCGUGGAAGAUGAUGGGCUGUCUCUGGACAUCCAGGAGAAUGAGUAUUUGUGCAAUGAAGAAGCAGAGAUCAAAGAGGCUCAAAGCUACCAGAACUCCCCAGUUAGCACUGCAACUAAUCAGGAUGCAGGCUAUGGUUCACCGUUUAGUGAAAACAGCGAUCAGUUGGCCCAUUUCAAAAGCACUUCCUCUAAAGAAGAGAAAGAGGAUCCUCAGUGCACAGACAAUGUUUCCUAUCCACAGGACAGCUUGGCACAAAUAAAAGCUGUGUAUGCAAAUUUGCUUUCAGAGACUUGCUGGUCCAGUUUAGCUUUGGACUUAAAGAAAUCCAAUCCAACCACCAGCAACAACGGAAUCAGCCAGAAUGAAAACACCACCAGUACUGACACCAAUGCCAAUUCCCAGAGUACUAGUACUACCAGUACCACUAGUACCAGUACAACUACCAGUACUACUAGUAACAGUAAUAGUAACAGUGGUGGCUCAGGUUAUGACUGGCACCAAGCUGCAUUAGCUAAAACUUUGCAGCAGACCUCCUCAUAUGGACUUCUCCCAGAGCCUAGUCUUUUCAGCACAGUGCAGCUUUACCGGCAAAACAAUAAACUUUAUGGGUCUGUGUUCACUGGUGCCAGCAAGUUCCGAUGCAAAGACUGCAGUGCAGCCUAUGACACACUGGUGGAGCUAACAGUGCACAUGAAUGAAACUGGACAUUACCGUGAUGACAACAGAGAUAAAGAAGCUGAUAAGACCAAACGGUGGUCUAAGCCUAGAAAACGGUCACUUAUGGAAAUGGAAGGCAAAGAGGAUGCCCAAAAAGUGCUGAAGUGCAUGUACUGUGGGCAUUCAUUUGAGUCUUUGCAAGACCUCAGUGUCCAUAUGAUAAAAACAAAGCAUUACCAGAAAGUGCCUCUGAAGGAGCCAGUACCAGCCAUCACUAAAUUGGUCCCUUCUACCAAAAAGCGAGCACUUCAGGACUUAGCUUCACCUUGUUCACCUGAGCCAACGGGGAUUGCUGCAGAAGCUUCACUGGGUGAGUCUGCAAAGGAUCAGAAAACUGCCAACCCCUAUGUGACUCCAAACAAUCGCUAUGGCUAUCAAAAUGGUGCCAGCUACACUUGGCAGUUUGAGGCACGCAAAGCCCAAAUACUGAAGUGCAUGGAAUGUGGCAGUUCCCAUGACACUUUGCAGCAACUCACUGCUCACAUGAUGGUCACUGGUCAUUUCUUGAAGGUCACCAAUUCUGCUUCUAAAAAAGGCAAACAGCUAGUAUUGGACCCUGUGGUGGAGGAGAAGAUACAGUCUAUACCUCUUCCACCCACCACCCACACAAGGCUACCAGCCUCCAACAUUAAAAAGCAACCUGAUUCUCCAGCAGGCUCCACAAACUCUGAUGAAAAGAAAGACCUAGAGAAGGAAAAGGUGGUGGUCACUGAAACAGAGAAAAAAAUUAAAGAAGAGAAUGAGGACUCUACAGAGAAAUUUGAGCCAACAACUUUGUAUCAGUACCUCAGAGAGGAGGACUUAGAUGAUAGUCCUAAAGGCGGAAUAGACAUAUUGAAAUCCCUGGAGAACACAGUGACAACAGCUAUCAGCAAAGCUCAGAAUGGAGCUCCUUCCUGGGGAGGAUAUCCCAGUAUUCAUGCAGCUUACCAGCUCCCGGGAACGGUCAAACCCCUUCAGCCUGCAGUGCAGAGUGUUCAAAUGCAGCCGUCUUACGCCAGCAGUGUAAAAUCACUGUCAUCAGAACACAAUGCACUCAUCCAUUCCCCAGGCGAUCUUACACCCCCACCUCACAAGAGCAAUGUAUCUGCUAUGGAAGAACUGGUGGAGAAAGUUACAGGUAAAAUCAGCGUGAAGAAGGAAGAAAAGCCUUUGGAGAAAGAGAAGAGUUCUCCAGUCAAACCUAUGUCACCUGCUGCUAAAGAAAACAAGGACUUUCCAAAAGCAGAAGAAACAAAUAACAAACAGCAGCAGAAGAAGAGCUCUGAGACAGAAGUUCAGAAGGUCAAAAAAGAUAGUCCAGCAGAAGCACAUAUGCCAAAUGGUACAGAGCCACUUAAAGCAAAGGUUGCAAAUGGCUGUAACAAUUUAGGAAUAAUCACAGAUCAUUCGCCUGAGCCAUCCUUCAUUAAUCCUUUGAGCGCUUUACAGUCCAUUAUGAAUACCCACUUAGGCAAAAUUUCAAAGCCAGUAAGUCCCUCUCUGGACCCUUUGGCCAUGCUGUACAAGAUUAGCAACAGCAUGUUGGACAAACCCAUUUACCCAACGACACCGGUCAAGCAGGCUGAUGCUAUUGAUCGGUAUUACUAUGAAAACAGUGAUCAACCUAUUGAUUUAACUAAGUCAAAAAACAAACCUCUUGUUUCCAGUGUGGCUGACUCUGCCUCAUCCCCUUUAAGGGAGAGUGCCCUGCUGGAUAUUUCAGAUAUGGUGAAGAACCUUACAGGGCGUUUGACACCCAAGUCGUCAACUCCGUCUACUGUGUCAGAGAAGUCUGAUGCUGACGGGAGCAGUUUUGAGGAAGCUCUGGAUGAACUGUCACCAGUACACAAGAGGAAGGGCAGACAGUCCAACUGGAACCCUCAGCAUCUUCUAAUCCUUCAAGCCCAGUUUGCUUCCAGCUUGAGGGAGACCCCAGAAGGCAAAUAUAUUAUGUCGGACCUAGGCCCACAGGAGCGGGUACACAUCUCUAAGUUUACUGGUCUUUCCAUGACCACAAUUAGCCACUGGCUGGCCAAUGUGAAGUAUCAGUUAAGGAGGACAGGUGGAACUAAAUUUUUAAAGAACUUGGACACAGGGCAUCCUGUUUUCUUUUGCAAUGAUUGUGCCUCUCAGUUCAGGACUGCUUCUACAUACAUAAGUCACUUAGAGACACACCUUGGGUUUAGUUUGAAGGAUCUGUCAAAGUUGCCACUUAAUCAGAUUCAAGAACAGCAGAAUGUUUCAAAAGUCCUCGCAAACAAGACUUUGGGCUCACUUGGAAUUGCUGAGGAGGACUUAGGCUCCACGUUCCAGUGUAAGCUCUGUAACCGAACUUUUGCAAGCAAGCAUGCAGUCAAACUGCACCUUAGUAAAACACAUGGCAAGUCCCCAGAGGACCAUCUGAUCUAUGUAACUGAGUUAGAAAAACAAUAGCGUCCAGGUAAGCAGCCAGGUAUGCAAGUGAUCACGGGAACAUUGCACUAAACUUCUUCAUAGUACUGCACUAGGCCUGACCUGAGCCUCUGAAAUCAGUCUUACUUUUGUUGCUGAACUGCCUAUCUGGACCUUGGUUUUUCUUACACUUAUUUUGUAGUUAUAUUUAUAUGCUCUUUGUCUGAUCUGUGCAUGGUUAUUUUUUGUUCCUGUUUUUAUUUUUUGUGAGUCAAAGUCUGACCUUUAUUUUCAACAUCUGUCCUUGAUGUUAAGCUAUCUUUUGUAGAAUAUAGUGGGAGACACUAUUGAGAGACAUUAAUUUAGCCGUAAAGAAAGACACAAAGAACAAUGAUAAAGAGACAUCCUAAAAUUGCAAAGUUGCCAUGACAAUAAAGGUCACAGAACCUGGUAGUGUCAAGUUUUAACCCUCUGAGAACUGUAAUAGCAUUUCUGUGCCUUUCCUAGUGACUAAAUAAGUAAAUAAGGAAAAACAAAACAAACAAAAGGCUUGAAGGCAUUUCAUUCAAAUAAAAGCUGUGUCGGAAGCAGAACUUAAUUUUUUUAAAUGAAUGAGCUUUUUUUUUUUUUUUUUUUUUUUAAUGCAGAACUGGUUUGUGAAGAAAUUGUGCAUGCAGUCCUUGGAAGAAGGAGAGCUGUGUAGUACUCAAUGGGUUAGGAAGCCACAACUGUAUAAGUUAAAUACUAAUUAACAAAAAAAAGCAAACCAAUUUGCCACUAUGCCCAAACCCGCUGGAUGCUGAGAAUUGCCAUUUUUUGGCAAAAAAAAAAAAAAAAAAAAGUAUGCAAGCUGUUAUUUAAAACAAGUGUAAAAAUGCUCUUUUGUUUCUUUUUUUUUUUUCCUGUAAAAUACUGCAGUUUAUAGUUAUUUACAAAUGUUAAGCUUUGGUACAAGCUGACCUUUCUAUAGUGUGCUGCAUUGGUAAAUGAAAACAGAAAAAAUGGGGCAAAUGUUGGAUUCUGUUCCUUGUAAAUUGCCAGCAUCAGCUUAAAAGAAUACAUGUUACAUAUCGUACCAUUUUAAACUGUUCAACUUUCUUUGUACCUUCUGGCUGUAUGCUUUCUCUUUUAACUUUUUAUAUUGUCAUUUUAUAUUCGAUUUCUGUGUAUAUAAUGUAAAACCACACUUUUUGAAUAAAAUUUAGUUCCUGCAGCUUGAUAUAAAUAGAGAAAUUUUACUGGCACCUGCAUCUUUCCAGAUGCAUGUACUUAAAGGAACUAUCUGACAAAAAAAAUAAAUAAAUAAAAAGAAAGCAAGCAAUGCACUAUGAAUUAUACAUUUUGAUGUUUUAUCAUUAAUAUUGUACAGUACAUUUUGGUUCACACAAUUAAAUCCACUGUUUUCUCAAGUGUAAAAUAAA